AUGCCAAACUCAUCAUCUCCACUAACGCAGCAAAUUUCCCGCUUUCGCUCCCGAAUUCAAAAACGAAGUUUUGAUGAUGUGACUUUGCGGAUUUUGGAAUCGAUCCUGGCCUCCAAAGACGUGCAGUCGCUGAAUCGAGUCGAGUCGGUCUUGAAACAACUGAUGAGAGAAGAAUCUCUUCUCGUUCUCGGAGAAAUUGCGAUGGAGACGGUCGAGAUCAAGCUUUUGUGCCUUGAUUUUCUGAUUCGCGUGUUUGUUCUAAUCGCAAUGUGCAAUCUCCGUUUAGAAACUUUUAAGUUUCUUAAUUUUGGAGAAAUUACCACGGAGACAGUUGAGGUUAAGCUUUUGUGCGUCGAUUUUUGGAUUCCCGUGUUUGCUCUUAUAGGUGACGUCAAGUUGUGCGAUCUUCAUUUUGGAUUUGUUAAUUGCGUGAUCUCUGUCCCCUUGAAAAUUUCUGCUGUUGUUCUAAUCUGGACUGUGGAAUUAUGUCCUCACUUUGUCCCGCCUGAGAUUUUAAUGAGUUGCUUGGCCUUGAGAUAUGAGGCAUUGGUUAUGCGACAAGAAAAGGCUAGCUCUCACCCUGAGCUCCUGGUUUCUUCUGAAGAAUGGCUCACCUUUGCUGAGCACUCGGUUGAUAAUGGAUUCCAUUCACUUGCAAUUCAUGCAUGUGAAAAGGCUUGCUGCGGAACAAAUCAUACUCCUCAUGCCAAAAUAAAUGACACUCUCCAUGAUGGCCUUGCUGUAGAGGAAAUCAGGAGACUGAAUGAUAUUGCUCUGCUUGCAAUUUCUUCACAAUCUGUCCAGGCACAGGCACAAGCGUAUCUAAAGCAGAAAGAAGUUAAGAAAAGCACACUCAAAUCAUCCCCCUCUUUUGAAGCUAAAAGUUCAGGAAGCUCUCGGUUUAAAAGUGGGAUCAUAAAGCAUAAUUCAUGGAAAUUGAUGCUUACCGAUGUUCAUGAAAGACGACCUAAUAAAGGCCAGAGUUGACUGAGUAAUUCCUACCUUUCUACUAUUUUCCUUUUAUAGUCUUCCCUGCAUUCCUUCCUUCCCUUAAUUCUUAUGGUUAUGGAAUUUAGAUAACUAAGAUUCUAAGCGUGCACUACAUCUUUCUAGCAUAAUUAUUUGAUCAAAAUGAAAGUCCCUUUCCAAUCAUGCGCUCAUUAGUUAUUAAUGAAACACAGGAAUGCGUGCACUUACUAAAUACUAUCACCGACAACCUUUAUAUCAUUUGUGCACGUGGAUCCUCCUUUAACACGAAUUGAAAUUCUCCAUUUCAAUGAAUUAGAGAGACAA